GACAGCUUGACAAAUGUUUUGACGUUUAAAUGUGACCAUCAAAUAUUAUACUGUUAUGGGUGUAAUAAAUAAACGCAAUAAAGAGUGAAAAUAAAGUACAAAAUCUCAGUCCCAUAAAGUCAGUAAAGUAUCAUAGAUACACAAACCGAAUAGUAAUUUUCAACAAAAUGUUUAUAUUGCCCUGACAAAGAAAAUAAUUAAUGCAAAAAAUGUUCAGAAGUAGGAGUUGGUUUGCUGGUGGUUGGGGUCGUCCAAAAAAUUUACAUUCCUUAGAACAUUUAAAGUACCUGUACAAUGUUCUUUCUAGAAAUCAGACAGUUUCUGAACAUAAUCGAGGACUAUUGGUCGAAUCAUUGAGGUCAAUAGCGGAAAUAUUGAUUUGGGGAGAUCAGAAUGAUUCUUCUGUUUUUGACUUUUUCCUUGAGAAGAACAUGUUAUCUUUUUUUCUUCGAAUUAUGAGACAAAGAAGUGGUGGAUCUAGUUUCGUCUGUGUGCAGUUAUUACAAACCCUCAAUAUAUUAUUUGAAAACAUUAGAAAUGAAACUUCUUUAUAUUAUUUACUGUCCAAUAAUCACGUAAAUUCCAUAAUAGUACACAAAUUCGAUUUUUCUGAUGAAGAGGUGAUGGCUUACUACAUUUCAUUCCUUAAAACUCUCAGUUUAAAGUUAAAUGCUCAUACGAUACAUUUCUUUUAUAACGAACAUACAAAUGACUUUCCAUUAUACACAGAAGCUAUAAAGUUUUUUAACCAUCCAGAAUCUAUGGUUAGGAUAGCUGUUAGGACAUUGACUUUAAAUGUUUAUAAAGUGGAAGAUGCUAGCAUGUUAGCUUUUAUUAGAGAUAGAACAGCCGCACCAUAUUUCUCUAAUAUUGUCUGGUUUAUAGGCAAACAUAUCCAAGAGUUAGACACUUGUGUAAGAAAUGAUGCUGAUCACCAAUCUCAAAAUCGCCUGGCUGAUCUAGUUGCAGAACACUUGGACCAUUUGCACUACAUCAACGACAUCCUCUGUUUAAACAUCACUGAUCUAAACCACGUUCUGACUGAUCACCUGCUACACAAAUUGCUCAUACCUUUGUACAUAUAUUCUUUAACUUCGACACAAAGGCAGUCGUCUACCAUUGACUCUGCUACCCAAAGCCUUAGCAGGAUUUCCGUGACCCCUAGGGGGUCUGAAAAUAACAGUCCCAAAGUCCAUGACUUUUCCACCGGCAAAGUUUCCUGUGUUGUUGCCUUGUUUUUAUUAUCACAAGUGUUUUUAAUAUUGUCUCACUCGCCUUUAAUCCAAACUCUAUCUUGGAUUAUUUUGAAGACUGACAGGUCGGUCUUCGAGAAAGGCGUUGAUAAACUGCUGGAGUAUUACGAGAAAGAGAAGGAAGGAAAAAGUUUGGAAGAUGAAGCAAGCACUCAAGCUCUCAGUGACGUUAGUUCAAGGGACAGUAGCAGUUCUAAAGAGAAUAUCUUGGAUGAACAACCGAAUAUGAAUAUCACAGACGAAGAGAAACAAAGGCUGGCCACUACUCCGACCGAAGGGGCAGCUUCGAUAGAUCAUCCAUUCCUCGAGACGGUUUAUACUGCUUUAGACUGUUCUGAGAAUGAUUAUGCGGCCUUAUUUGCUCUUAGUUUAUUGUAUGCGAUGGCAAAUAAUCCAGGUGUUACCUCAGAUAUUACAGAGCAAGUACUCAGGCCAAAGAAGUCGUUCAUAUCAAAAUCAAUGUCAUCGUCGAAAGACGUCCGAUACACGUACAAUACAUUUUUGAUAGAAAAGAUUCUAAAUAUCAUAAUACUGUCCUGUCAACCAUCAUGUAGAGUGAGACUGGUGACACUGGAGCUGGCCCUUAAACUUUUCGUGCAGCUAAUUAUGUGCGACGGGAAGAAUAUCCUACUAGAAUCUCAUAGGUCGACAAUAGAAACUGCCAAGACUCAAAGUACGGCGUUGCUAAGGAAUUUUUAUAAAAGCGAAGAGAUAUUUUUAGAUAUGUUUGAACAUGAAUACUGUGAUAUGUCAAAGGGUUCUUUAAACGUAGAAUGGCUGUGUAUGGACAGUGCAAUCUUGUUGCCGCCUACUGGAACUCCCAUGACGGGAAUUGACUUUACUAAAAGACUACCUUGUGGUGAGGUAGAACGUGCGAGAAGGGCGAUUCGAGUAUUUUUUCUCGUAAGGAAUCUGGUGCUGACACUGAACGGUGAAGUAGAGAACCAGUUACCGCUCACAAAUCCUCAGAGCUGCGUGCAGAUCGACCAGGCUUUGGACCUGAGUAUAUCUCGUUACAAUUCGGACUUGAUCGCUUGUACCGUUCUCUGGAAGGACGGCACAAAAAUGAGAAGGUUUUUGGUGAUCGACAUUCUUCAGCUUAUUUUGGUUGAACCAGACACAAAACGACUAGGCUGGGGUGUGGCGAAAUUAGUAGGGUUCCUGCAAGAUAUCGAAGUGACUGGGGAUAAGGACGAUUCACGAUGUUUGCAUAUUACCAUCCACAGGCCGAUAUCCGGAGCAACGACUAACAGAGUACCGUUACUUAACGCAAAAUUCAUAUUCGACGAUAAUAUUAGGUGUAUGGCAGCAAAGCAGAGACUGACGAAGGGAAGGAUAAAAGCUCGUCAAAAGAAAAUGCAGCACAUCGCCCGCCUACUUGAAAUCCCCGGCCAAUCGGGACCCCCCAGCCCGGCAUUUGCCGGUCAGGGCUUGUACGGUCCGAGGUCUGCAGGUCGGGGCACCAGAGAGAACCGACCUCUGUUUAACGUGUCCCGAGGACCGGGUUUUGCGGCUCCCAGGAGGGAAAGCUCGCCAGGGGUCGUGCACAGAGCGGACGAUUCCCGAAGACUCCGUGAAGGUGAGAGCCCAAAUCGUAUUUCUAACCUAAAAAAAGAAAACGGUAGAAAAGACAACCGUUCGAGAGAUAGCUCGUCAAAUAGAGUUAGAUCGAGGGAAGGGUCUCCACGUAUGCCAAGACCGAGGUCAGAAGAGAUACCUUUGGAACUAAUCAAAAAAGCACCUAAUUCGGUUAUAGAUAUGGCACCGAAAAUUACUAUUUUGCCAAGACCACAAACACCAAGAACUGUGAUUGAACCCGAACCUUCGACAUCCAGCGAAAAUGCGAUAGCGAAAGAUUUAAAUAUGUCAGUUGCGACAACAGUAUCCGAGGAAACCUCUUUUAUAGCAGAACAACUUAACAAGGACGACAUAGAAACUGUUUAGUUUCUUUAGUUAGGAGUUAUUUAAUUGUAUUUAUUAUUCGCUAAGAGGCUUUGUUAAGGAUGUAAAGAUCAAAUUUAUUAUUAAAUAAAAAGUACCCAUCGA